ACCUCACUUCACUCCUUUGACCGUUUUGUCUGCCUUUUUAUUUUAUUCCUCUUAAUUGUCAUUCAUUACAAUUCGCCGCUUUUAUCUUCAUUUUGACCUUAUCAGACAUGCACCCCUUCAUUCUACUUACCGGUCUCGCCACCAUCGUCCAUGCCGGUCCUUGCCGGCCCCAGAUUAGCAGGGCAUCCGAAGUCCUGACUACAUCAUUCACGGCUGUGGUUUCUACCACUAUUCCUGUUUCGUCUAUUACUACUACUGUUUCAGGCUUGCCUGCCCCUUCUCCCUCGACCUUGUCCGCGAAGCCUGAUACUACCUCCACCCCAAUCGUCCAGCCGGCGUAUGGAAGCAACGUGGAUACUGCCGAUGAUUUGCCUGCAGUGAGCAAGGUCCCAGGCCCGUUGGCUGAUCGCAACGACAAUAAACCCGCCGACUUCAAAGUGACUGGCAACUGGAUCGCUCCAUUUCACGGUUCCAUCGGCGGUGACUAUAUUAUGAUGUGGACGGGUUCCAACGUCACACUGUCAGGUUUGGGCUAUUUCAAAGUCCGCUGGGAAGUAGCUUGGUUCAACUCAGUUGGCGAGAUCCGGCCCCCAACAUGGAUAGGGCUGGAAGGCAAACUGUUCCACGUUGCAUCCGGAGGCGGCCAUCGUAUGGAUGAUGAACGAAAAUCCGCCGACUGCACCUGGGCGGGUUGUGACCAAUGUACUUGGAUGGGCUGUAUCGACCGCCCUGACAAGAAGGAUAGUCUUCCAGAUGGCAUGCAGCAAAUGUGGCAGAACGAGUUCUACUUUCUCAACGGGACUGUGACGCUGAGAAAUAACGAAGGCCCAGUUGACUAUAACCUUGCUGUGACGCCGGUCAAAUGGGAGCAGGUUUACACUGACAUCCACGCUGGACCGGAGAGCGGGGCUAUUCGAUACGGCAAAUCGCGGGAUCCUACUGGCGAUGACUUGACACCAGUUCCGCAAUAUGCUACGUACACCAUCACUAACGAUACUAUCUCCCAACGAUCCGAACUUGUUCUGUCCUAGUGUUCUGGACUACAUAGCUCAUAAUGAGAUUGCGGAAAGUGAAC